AUGGAGCGCAACGAAAUCGAACGGCCCGAGAUGACCGAGACGGAGCUGAAUACGCUGCAGGCGGUGGCCUACACUGCCAAGUUGAUCGGGCGCGAGAGCGAAGUUCCGAUGGUAUCGAUGGAUGGAGAAGCCCACCCAAACAUGACACUGGCUGCCGUGGGACUGGGGGUACUUGUGGCGCUCAUCAUUCUCCUCACCCUGAUCGCCUUCAUAACACGCCGUGAGCGAAGUUCCCAAUCGAAAGACCCGCAGCAGGAUAGUACAGCUCAGAACAGCUCAGCUAUCGGAAGGACGACGGAAGCUAAUGCACAGAAGCACCCCAUGUCCGGACCACACUGCGUAACGUUUGCGAACGAUCUUGAGCUAGUGGAUGUCGUGACUCGUAUGUGA